CCAAAACGUCUCAACAUGCAUCGAAUGCUGCUCUACAGUUUGGCCAUCGUCGCCCUCGCGCUCACCUUGGUCCAGGCCUGCCCACAGAUCCAUCAUAAUCUGACAUUUCCUGCUGUGAAUCAAGUCUGUUCUGGGCCCAGCCUUGGCCACAGUUUGACGAGGGAUCUGUCCACGAUGUCGCUGGAGCUGUCUGCUCUGGCCAAGCUCUGCCAUUAUGGGAGCCCUUUUACGCUGAAGCAUUAGC